UUGUGGAUCACCAGUUCUUCCAGAAAACCAUCCACUUUUUAAUCAACUUCAUAUACACCAAAAUAUUACUUGUGAUUCACCUAUUGAACAAAAUUAUUACUCAAGCCGUUUAAAAGAUGUUGAUUUAUGUUACUG